UGCUGGGUUACCAGACCAGAUCAGUCACCUGGAGAGGGGAAAGCCCUGCCCCAACUCCGGUUCUGGGGAUCUUCUAUCCUGUCGUGCCUGCGUCAGGGCAAAGCUGUGUCGGUGCUCGUUUCUUUCCUAGCGAGCCUCUGAAAGGACCCUCGCCAUGGCUCACGCUGCCUCCCAGCUGAAGAAGAGGGCUGAUCUGGACCUGAAUGCUGUGGAGGACGAGAAGGAGAAGAAGAGGAAGCUCAGGAAGCGUUCUCGAGAGCUGAAGAAAAAGUCGGACAGCAAUGCCAGCUACCUGAGGGCUGCCAGGGCAGGGAACCUGGAGAAGGCUCUGGAGUACCUGAAGACUGGUGUCGACAUCAACAUCUGCAACCAGAAUGGUCUGAAUGCUCUCCAUCUAGCCUCUAAGGAGGGCCAUGUGGAGGUGGUGACAGAACUCAUCAAACAAGGAGCCAAUGUUGACGCAGCUACCAAGAAAGGGAACACAGCCCUACACAUAGCCUCGUUGGCAGGACAGAAGGAUGUGGUCAAAGAGCUGGUUACCAACAGUGCUAAUGUCAAUGCUCAGUCUCAGAAUGGCUUCACCCCCCUGUACAUGGCAGCCCAGGAGAACCACAUGGAGGUGGUCCAGUACCUCCUGGACAACGGCUCCAGCCAGGGCAUCGCUACAGAGGAUGGCUUUACCCCCCUGGCGGUGGCUCUCCAGCAGGGUAACGAGCAGGUGGUGUCCCUGCUCCUGGAGAACGACACCAAGGGCAAGGUCCGCCUCCCGGCGCUCCACAUCGCCGCCCGCAAGGAUGACACCAAGGCAGCCGCCUUGCUCCUCCAGAACGACCACAACGCAGACGUCCAGUCAAAGAGUGGUUUCACGCCGCUCCACAUCGCCGCUCACUAUGGCAACAUCAACGUAGCAACACUGCUCCUCAACAGGGGGGCCGCCGUCGACUUCAAGGCCAGGAAUGACAUCACACCCAUGCAUGUGGCAUCCAAACGAGGGAACAGCAACAUGGUGAAGCUGCUGCUGGAGAGAGGGGCCAAGAUCGAUGCCAGGACGAAGGAUGGUCUGACCCCCCUCCAUUGCGGGGCCAGGAGUGGACAUGAGCAGGUGGUGGAGAUGCUGCUGGACAGAGGAGCUCCCAUCCUCUCCAAGACCAAGAACGGGCUGUCCCCUCUGCACAUGGCCACUCAGGGUGACCACCUCAACUGCGUCCAGCUUCUCCUCCAUCACGACGUGCCCGUCGAUGAUGUCACCAACGACUACCUGACCGCCCUGCACGUCGCCGCCCACUGCGGACACUACAAGGUCGCCAAGGUCAUCGUGGACAAGAAGGCCAACCCCAACGCCAAAGCACUGAACGGUUUCACGCCGCUCCACAUUGCCUGUAAGAAGAACAGGAUCAAAGUGAUGGAACUGCUUCUCAAGCAUGGAGCCUCCAUACAGGCUGUGACUGAGUCGGGACUCACUCCCAUUCAUGUGGCCGCGUUUAUGGGACACGAAAACAUUGUGACUCAGUUGACGAAUCACGGAGCUUCGCCAAACACAACCAAUGUGAGGGGAGAGACGGCACUCCACAUGGCAGCCAGAGCAGGCCAGUCAGAAGUGGUGAGGUACCUGGUCCAGAGUGGAGCCACAGUGGAAGCUAAGGCCAAGGACAACCAGACGCCCCUGCAUAUCUCCAGCCGUCUGGGUAAACCAGACAUUGUGCUGCAGCUGCUGCAGAAUGGAGCAUGCCCAGACUCCACCACCUCCUCCGGCUACACGCCCCUCCACCUGGCUGCCCGCGAGGGCCACAAGGACGUGGCCGCAGCCCUGCUGGACCAGGGGGCAGCGCUGGACAUCACCACCAAGAAGGGCUUCACCCCCCUCCAUGUGGCAGCUAAAUGAAAGAUUGAAGUGGCCAACCUGCUCCUGCAGAAGAACGCUCCUGCUGACGCAGCAGGCAAGAGCGGUCUAACUCCACUGCAUGUGGCAGCGCACUACGAUAACCAGAAGGUGGCGCUGCUCCUGCUGAACCAGGGAGCAUCUCCCCACGCUGCUGCCAAGAACGGUUACACGCCUCUCCACAUCGCAGCCAAGAAGAACCAGAUGGAGAUCGCCACCACGCUGCUGGAGUACGGCGCGGCGACCAGCGCUGUGACCCGUCAGGGCAUCACUCCGCUCCACCUGGCGUCCCAGGAGGGACACGUGGACAUCGUCACCCUGCUCCUGGCACGAGACGCCACCAUCGACAUGGGAAACAAGAGCGGUCUGACUCCGCUCCACCUGGCUGCCCAGGAGGAUAAAGUUAAUGUAGCCGAGGUCUUGGUCAACCAGGGAGCUACUGUUGACCCAGAUACAAAGUUGGGCUACACACCGCUGCAUGUGGCCUGUCACUAUGGAAACGUGAAGAUGGUCAACUUCCUGCUGAAGAACCAGGCGAAGGUCAAUGCCAAAACAAAGAACGGUUACACACCACUCCACCAGGCGGCCCAGCAAGGCCACACCCACAUUAUUAACCUGCUGCUGCAGUACGGGGCCUCACCCAAUGAGCUGACAGUGAAUGGUAACAGUGCUCUGUCCAUCGCCAGACGUCUGGGCUACAUCUCUGUGGUGGACACUCUGAAGGUGGUGACCGAGGAGACUUUGACCACUCUGACAGUGACAGAGAAGCACAAGAUGAACGUUCCAGAGACCAUGAACGAAGUCCUGGACAUGUCUGAUGAUGAGGUCCGUAGGGCCAAUGUACCUGAAAUGCUCAGUGAAGACUAUAUGUCAGAUGUUGAUGAAGGUGAGGAUGCGAUGACGGGCGAAACGGACAAGUACCUGGGCCCCCAGGACCUGAGGGAGCUGGGGGACGACUCUCUCCCACAGGAGGGUUACAUGGGUUUCAGCAUCGGAGCGCGCUCACAGAGCCUGCGCUCCUUCAGUUCAGAUAGGUCCCACACCCUCAACAGGAGUUCUUUCACCAGGGACAGCAUGAUGAUCGAGGAGAUCCUGGCGCCCAACAAGGACUCGAACCUGGCGGUGGCGAGGGACAUGGACUCUGACUCUCUGAGACGCUACAGCUGGGCAGCUGACACUCUGGACAACGUCAACCUGGUGUCCUCUCCCAUACACUCUGGCUUCCUGGUCAGCUUCAUGGUGGACGCCAGGGGCGGCUCCAUGAGAGGAAGUCGUCACAAUGGGAUGCGCAUUAUUAUCCCCCCCAGGAAGUGCACUGCGCCCACACGAAUCACCUGUCGAUUGGUCAAGAGGCACAAAUUGGCCACUCCACCCCCAAUGGUGGAGGGGGAGGGGCUUGCCAGCCGAUUGGUGGAGGUGGGACCGGCUGGAGCGCAGUUCUUGGGGCCAGUCAUCGUGGAGAUCCCCCAUUUUGGCUCAUUGCGGGGCCAGGAGCGCGAGUUGAUCAUGCUGAGAAGUGAGAAUGGAGAGACAUGGAAGGAACACCAGUAUGAUUAUAAGACUGAAGACCUCAACCAGCUCCUGAAUGGCAUGGAUGAAGAGCUUGACAGUUCAACUGAGCUGGAGAAGAAGAGGAUCUGCCGCAUCAUCACUAAGGAUUUUCCACAGUACUUUGCCGUAGUGUCUCGGAUAAAGCAGGAAUCCAAUCAGAUGGGUCCAGAGGGAGGGACUCUGACCAGCAAGACCGUGUCAUUGGUGCAGGCAUCAUUCCCAGAGGGGGCGCUUACCAAGAAAAUACGUGUUGGACUGCAGGCCCAGCCGGUUCCUGAAGAUACAGUGAAAACUAUCCUGGGGAACCGGGCCACCUUCAGCCCCAUCGUCACUGUGGAACCACGCAGGAGGAAGUUCCACAAGCCUAUCACCAUGACGAUCCCCGUCCCGCCACUCUCAGGGGAAGGCGUCAGCAAUGGCUACAAGGGUGACUCCACCCCCUGCCUCCGCCUUCUCUGCAGCAUCACAGGAGGUACCUCUCCAGCCCAGUGGGAAGACAUCACAGGCACUACCCCUCUUACUUUUGUCAACGACUGUGUCUCAUUCACCACCAACGUGUCAGCCAGGUUCUGGUUGGCAGACUGCCACCAGAUCCCAGAGACGGUGGGCUUGGCCACCCAGCUGUACCGGGACCUGAUCUGCGUUCCAUACAUGGCCAAGUUUGUGGUGUUUGCCAAAAUGAACGACCCUGUUGAAUCCCGGCUGCGCUGCUUCUGCAUGACGGAUGACAAGGUGGACAAGACUUUAGAGCAGCAGGAGAACUUUGAGGAGGUGGCCAGGAGCAAGGAUAUUGAGGUUCUGGAAGGCAGACCCAUCUAUGUGGAUUGCUAUGGUAACUUGGCCCCUCUGACCAAAGCUGGACAGCAGCUCAUCCUGAACUUCUACGCAUUCAAAGAGAACAGACUUCCCUUCUGUGUCAAGGUCAGAGACAAUAGUCAGGAGCCAUGUGGACGUCUCAGUUUCCUGAAAGAGUGCAAGACUCCUAAGGGCUUUCCUCAGACAGCUGUGUGCAACCUCAACAUCACUCUGCCGGCGCUGAAGAAGACUGAAAAACCCGAGCGACGUCACACCUUUGCAUCUCUAGCCUUGCGUAAGCGCUACAGCUAUCUGGCCGAGCCUGCGAUGAGCCCCCAGAGUCCCUGUGAAAGAACAGACCUGCGCAUGGCCAUAGUGGCAGAUCACCUGGGUCUGAGCUGGACUGAGCUGGCCAGGGAAAUGGAUUUCUCUGUAGAUGAGAUCAAUCACAUUCGGGUGGAAAAUCCCAACUCUCUGACAGCUCAGAGCUUCAUGCUUUUAAAGAAAUGGGUUAGCCGAGACGGUAAAAAUGCCACAACGGAUGCCUUAACCGCAGUGCUGACAAAGAUCAAUCGUCUGGAUAUUGUGACAUUGCUGGAAGGGCCAAUAUUUGACUAUGGUAACAUUUCAGGCACACGGUGUUUUGCAGAUGAUAACGCAGUAUUCCUGGAUCAGUCUGAUGGUUACCACAACAUAGAGCUGGAGUUGCAGACCCCCACAGAGCUGAGCUAUGAGCCCCCCACCCCGCUUCGCCACCAUGACUUCUUUAGGCAGGAUAGCCUAGAAUCCCCUACCAAAACCCCAGCUAGACCCAGUGACCUCACCCUAAACCAGACCACCAGCGACCCCCCGGCCCAAGGCCCCUGUGCCCAACCCCCCACUGUGGUGGAGGAGGACACCUCCCUAGACAACAGAAGGGACCUGGGGUCCUGUGGGGUUGAGGCAUCCACUGGAGAGGAUACAGGGGUGAGCCGUGAGUCUGUGGUGUGUGACGAGCCCCGGGAUAGUGAGGAAGCAAGUAAGGCUCCGGAGCAGGCUGCCCAGGCAGAGCCCACCCAUCAGGGCCAGGGUGAGGAGAUUGAGAAGGAGACAAAGGACCAGGUUCUGCCUGUAGGGGGGCCCUCCCUGUCCUCUGGCCCAGCCCCAGACACCUCUGACUGGAAGGAAAAGGCAGAGGAGGCUGGGCAGUCUGGUUCUAUGCUGGUGGUGGUGGAGGAGGAGGAGGAGGAGGAGAUGACCCAGGAGAGACUGCUGUCCCUACUGGAAGAAAUCAAGCUGGAAGAGGGCUCAGAGGAAGAGGAGAUGACAGAGGAGAGGCUGAACGCCAUCCUUUCCCAGGUGCAGCAGGCAGAAAAAGACAUGUGUUCAAUUCCAGGUUGGCGCAGUGAUGCAUCCAGUAACAACAUGGAAGCGCCCACUCAAGGAAGGACGCCGGGGGCUGAGGGCCCAGAGAGGAGCCCUGACAGCACCAAGGAGACCCACAGGUCAUCUGACCAGGGCCUGCCAGCAAAGCAGAAUGGAGAACAUGUGGCCCCAUCGUCCCAGUCACCUCCAGAGGCAGAGGAGGCAGCCAGCGAGGGGAAGGACCAGACCCGAGCCCCGGGGAAAGCCCAACCCAAGGGCCAGAAAGAGGAGGAGAGCAGGGCAGAAGCCCUGGAGGACAGCUGCACAGCAGGACCAGGUAGCAGCAGCAAACAGGAGGGAGAGGCUGCAGCUGGAUCCCAGCACAAAGUCCAGCAGGGUGCUCGUAGAACUAUCGAGUCCAGCUCAGACGAGGAAACCACCGUCACCACCAAGGUGUACCGCAGACGGGUCAUUCUCAAGGGAGAGCAGGCCAGAAACAUUCCUGUUGAGUCCGUGACGGAGGAGCAAUUCACUGACGAGGACGGAAACAUUGUCACCAGAAAAGUGAUCAGGAAGGUAGUGCGCCGAGUGGGUGCGGGCUCAGAGGAAGAGAAAGGUGCAGCGGAAAGAGCAGGAGCUACAGGAGCAGGAGGAGGAGGAGGAGGAGGAGGAGGGAAGGGCAGGAAAAGGAGCAAACGCUCCCGGGGUGGCCAAAAGGCUGAGAAACAGGAAGAGGAGGAGUCAAAGAGCUCCAAGGGUUCCACUGAGGCCCAGAAGGGAAAAACUGAGUCUGGAGAAGGAGCAAAGGGGAAACAGGGGAAGAAAAAGUCUCAAUCGUAACAGUGGUGUGCUCAACCUGAUUUGUUAAUGUUUCCUAAUUUGCAUAAUCCUCGGUGGGAAAAUGACUGGAACCUCAGAAGGAGAAAUCAGCCAAUCAGAACGUGUGCCUGCUGCUUUCACAUUAACGCAUGGUUUUCAGCAAGAUGAC